AUGGCUAAGCACACAACCGCUUACAACAGGCUGGUCACAGUUGCUGUUGCAUUUGGCUCACUUACAUAUGGCUACUGCUCUUCAGUCAUCGGGGGCACUAUCGGACAGCCAGGAUGGUACAGUUUCUUUGGCCUGCCUAAGCAGGGCGAGGCAGGCUACAGCACCAAGACUACCCAAGCCAUCUCGACCGCAAACGGAAUCUACAGCGCAGGCGGCGCAAUUAGCACACUGUUCAUCAUGUGGGCUGCGACUGCCCUUGGAAGGAAGAGGUCUAUUCAGAUUGGAGGGGCCUUUGCCUUGGUGGGAGGAGCCCUGCAGGGUGGACGCAUCUUGGCAGGCAUCGGUAUCGGCAUCCUCGUCACGGUCUGCCCUAUGUACAUGAGCGAGCUCGCACCACACGAUAAACGGGGGUGGCUUGUAGGCCACCACGCCAUCUUUCUUGUCUUCGGCUACAUGCUCUCAGGCUGGCUUGGGUACGCCUGCUACUUCGCCACAUCACGCAUGCCAGACUUUGCUUGGCGAUUCCCUUUGUGUAUGCAGUGCCUCGCCCCCCUCGUUUUGUUAGUGGCCUCUGUCUGGAUACCCGAGUCUCCACGCUGGCUCUUGCAGAGGGGUCGAGUCGAAGAUGCGUGGGCGGUUGUACGUAACUUGCGAAAGUCUCCAGAGGAUCCCGACGACGUGGUGGCUCGAGAAGAGAUCUAUCAGAUUAAGGAGCAGAUUGCCCUGGACGCCGCAAAGCUCGAUGCGCUGGGUUGCGGGCCUUGGAUGGCUGUGAUCAAGAAGAAGAGCUACCGCAAACGCAUGGCGAUAGGCUUCCUCACUCAAUGGGGUGCCGAAUUUGCUGGCCCUCUCAUUAUUAACAACUACUCCGUCAUUCUGUACACGAACCUUGGUCAAACUGGGUCCAUGCCUCUCCUACUCUCCGCCCUCUGGCUCACCACGGCCGGCAUCAUCUAUAACCCACUGGGUGCCUGGCUUCACGAUAAGGUCAACUCACGUCGGUGGAUGUUCAUGGCAGGCCUCUUUGGCUGUCUGAUUACUACGAGCGGCCUUGCUGCCUGUAUCGCCGAGUUUGCCGGAACCUCGAAUAAGGCGGGCAAUGCGGCUGGGGUCUUCUUCGUCUUUCUCUACCUAGCAUUCCAGGGAACCCUUUGCGAUACCACCAUGUACAUCUACGUGGCAGAAAUCUUUCCAACAGAGAUCCGCCCAAUCGGCAUGGGAUUCUCCCUCUUUGGCCAAUUCACUAGCACCAUCAUUCUGCUCCAGACAGCCCCUAUCGGGUUUGUCCAUGUUGGUUGGAAAUACUACCUGGUAAUUAUUGUUUGGUGUAUUUUCUUUAUCCCUAUCGUUUACUUGUAUUUUCCCGAGACCGCCAAGUUAUCUCUGGAGGAGAUUUCAGCCCGAUUCGGCGAUGACGUCGCUGUCCACGUCAACGACGCUCCGGAUGAGCAACGCAAAGACCUUGAUAAGUUCCUCGAUAAGUUGGACGUUGCCCAUAUGGAGAAUUCUGGAAAAGAGAGCAAAGGCGGAGCCUAA